AUGCAGCUAAAGAUGAGCUAGUUUUCACUUGGUCUUCGUUCUGAACACGAAAAGAACCAACGUUCUUCUACUUGAAGAUUAAAAUGGCCAAAAUCAUCAUUUUCGUUCUUGCUUUCGUCGCAUUCCAGGGAUGUUUUGGUAAACCAGCCGAUAAAUCCCAAUUGGAAACUUUAGCAAACAACGCUAAAGUUCUCGCCGAAAACGUCACCCACACCCUUGGUCUUAAUGAAAUUUCCUCCGAAAAAGUCUUGAAAACCCUCAACGAUCAAGCUAAAACCUUCUCCGAUAAUCUCAACACCUUAAAAGCACGUCUUGACAAAGAAGUUGAAGCUCAUCAAGGUGACGUUAAAGCUCAACUCCUCGCGCUCGAACAAAAAAUCACUAAAGCCACCGAAGAUCUUGGAAAAGUUGUCGAUCCCGAUAAGAAAAUCAAAAAAGGUGCCGAUGAAAUUAAAGCCCAAUUCGAUUCCAGUUUCAAGGGAGUGGCUGAAUCUUUUGAUCAAUUGGUGAAGAAUCUUCAACCGGGUGCUCAAAAAGCUGGGGAAAAUGUGAACGCUUUCACUAAGAGUAUGUUGGAUUCCUUCUUGGAGAUGGGAAAAGACAUCCAAACUAAAUUUAAUAAAGCUGUAGCUGAUCAUGAGAAGACUCAUUAGGAAAUAAGUUGGUUUUUUUCGAUGUAUUUUUGAUUAUUAUUUUUUUUAAAUAAAGUCAUAUAUCUUUAAAACACAA